UUUAGUUUGUAUUGUUGGUUGUCUAAAUAUAGAAGAAAUGCUUACAAAUAUCUUUAAUGAGGAAUGGUACGUAUUGUAGAUGUUUAAAAUUAAUUAACACUCAAAAAUCUUCGUUUUACUCUAACACUGUGUACUACAAUUUCAAUUUUAAAAUUCAUAAUAAAAAAUUGGGAAAUUACCAUUGCGCCUGCGCACCUGUCAAUGUCAACGUUUAAACGUCAGUGGAGCAUUUCUAAUUUUUGCUGAAAAUCGUUUAUUAAAUAUAAUUAAACGUAUCCAGUGUUGUUAUUCUGAAUAAAGUGGUGAUGGCUGAUGUUUUGGACAUUAACGACUCCGUCGAAUUGGACGUAGAAGACGAGGGAGAUCAAAGCGUUUUGCGGCUAAAAGAUAAAGUUGUAAAGCGAAAAGGUCGAGGUUUUGGGCCUGGAGAAGCCAAAGAACAUGAGAAAAUUCGUGGAUAUGAAAGCAUAGACCCAGGGGAUCACGGGGAUGAACCCGGACCACAGAAAUCCGUGGAGGGAUGGAUUUUAUUUGUGACUUCGGUACAUGAGGAGGCCAGUGAGGAUGAUUUGAGUGAGAAAUUUUCCGAGUUUGGCGCUAUUAAAAAUAUAAGUAUCAACUUGGAUCGGCGGACGGGAUUUUUAAAAGGAUAUGCUUUGAUUGAAUAUGGAACAUAUGAGGAAGCUUCCGCCGCCAGAGAAACAUUGAAUGGUUCUUUAUUGUUAGGACAAACAAUUGGGGUUGACUGGUGCUUUGUCAAAGGGCCAAAAAAGUCAAAGAAACGUGCAAGGAGGCAUUGAAUAUAUCUAAGUUAUUUGUAAUUGAAUUUUCCAUUUACAGUAAGUUCUUAAGGUCACAGAAAUAAGGUUCUUUGCUGUACAUUCUUUAUGACACUCAGUAAGUAAUAAAUUGUCCGUUUUCUACAUAUAA